AUGUGGGACGGGGAAAAGAUGGCGGCGGCCAUGAUACAAAUGUCAUGUUUGUAUCGUGGGAUGUUGGCGGUCAGGGCAACUGGCAUCCGACCUCUCAUCCCAGGGCUUGUGCCAUCUCAGUUUAGGGCGUUUUCGUUAAAGAAAGACCCGGAGUUAGAGGAAAAUCCCUAUUAUAAUAAAUAUGAAGAGAAGAUCAAGAAGCUGCGCAGUUCGAAACCUGAAGAAUACAAAGCUCGACUGGAGAAGCGAAGUGAAGUGAAGACGCAACCUCUCGGACAGUCUAGACAAGCUGAAUUCGUGAAGUAUAUGGAAAAUGAGUUGGACAAACGAGGAAAAGAAGGAUCUGGGGGCUUCACCAAAGAUAAGACAUUGGGGUCUAUUCUCAAUCUUGAAAUGGUUCAAGAUAAAUCUGGAUCUGAAAUCGCAGAGCUUUGGAUGCAGUACUUUGCAAAGAAAGACACGAUCAGCGCCGUCAUCCCAGGUUCAACAUUUGACCUCAUUUUUGGUCGUGCCAAAUCUUGUCCAAUGUUUUUGUAUGCCCUGCCCCAGAAAGAGGGUUAUGAGUUCUUUAUCGGCCAGUGGUCUGGUCACGAGCUGCACUUCACUUCUUUGAUCAACGUUCAGACUAGUGGAGAGAAUGCACCCAGUCAGGUUAUUUUAUACCAUUAUACAGACCUGCAGAAGGACAAGGACAUUGUUCUUAUGACUGCUGAAAUAGAUGGAAAAUUUGUGACCGUCCAUCAGGCACAAUGUUUAGCCAAUCAGGUGCAACUGUUUUAUGCAUCGCAGCGGUAUGAGACUUUCCAAUUGGUUGAGACCUUCAACCACAAACCAGAAGAUUUUAAACACAUGACGGUGAUAGCAGAACUAGAACAGAGUGGAAUGGGUCCGGAAGUCACAACAAAUUAGUUUUAAGGCAAUAAAACAACUGGAGCUUAAUGAGAAUGACUCUGUGAUAAUGAAUGGAGUCCUACGAGAAGAGAUGUAAACUCAUUAUUCAGAGGAUGUCUCCAUUGCCUUAUGAUUGAUUAUGAGUCAUCUGCUACCAUGUAUGCAGAUUCACAUAAUUUGUUUCGCAUUCAACAACGACAUUACGUGUCCCCGACAAUACCUGCAAAUAUAUUGUCAAACCUAUUGGUUAUUAAAAGUAACUAAUACAUAUACCAUACAGUUUUUCGUCCCUUUUCUGUAAAUGGUUAUUAAUUAACUUUAUUGACAAGAGGUGCACCACUAAUUUGUUAAUUAAGGUUUGUAUUGUUUCCCCAUAUGUCUUAUUACUUGAAACUUGGUUGUAAAACAUGUGAUGGCACACCUCAGCCCCAGUGAGAUCUAAGAAUAGAUUAUGUGUAUAUUCCUCCAGUACAAUAAUAGUGUUUCAGUUUAUAUGUCUGUUGUGGUUUACUGUACUUCAUAAUAAAAGUUAAUUCUUCACA